AAGAUGACAUGAGGAACAGAGACCUUUGCCAAGCAACAAAUUAAAGCAGAGUAUUUGAACCCACCUGAUGAUGCAGUUGGAAACUGCAGCCCAAGAGGAACAGCUACUCGCAACUUACACAAAGACCUGUUGACCUCCGGCGAUUAUAUCCUUGUCAGUGUGAACGCCCCUUUAGAUUCAAGUCAUACAAGCUUUUUUCCCAGAACAUAAACAAUGGACACUAUCUCAAAGGGAAUUAUUUGUGGAGGUGUUGUGAAGGUGUUGAUAAUAACAGGGAGGAGUCGUGGUGUGUGUGAAGGCCCCAGAGGUGAGCAGACUAUCACCAAGACAUUCAGCUGUGUGAUUCUCAGGAGCAACAGGAAGAGGCUGGGUUUCAUUUUCAAGAAGGAAUUACACCAUCUGCAAUUCCAGGAAGGAAAGAGAUGUAAUGAUGGUGUAGAGAAAAGAACGGAUCCUGCGUAGAGAAUGUCUUUUUAUGUUGCACAGCGUUCUGUCUAGUUAUGAUUCUAAGGUGUUGCAGGUUUCUGUCAAGUAACGCCGUUGAUUGUGGCUGUGAAACUGUUGAGGACCAGCGACAGAAGAUUCAGUCCAUGAAUAUUGAGCAGCCUGCAACAAAUGUAAUAGUACAACCAUCUAAGCCAUCCAGCGCCAGGAACAGAGGGUUUACAGAGACGGCUCAGCCUUCCUCCCAGCCCACAUCUGCUAAGAUGUCCUCAGAAACACACAGUGUAGAUGCCACCCCUGCUCUCACUGAACUUCUAGGAGAUAUACCUUUCACUUUAGCACCACACAUCCUGGCCAUGCAGGCAGGCCUGCCCUUUGUAACAGAUAUCACCUUGCCUCAUGACAUAAAUGACAAACUAGCCAACUUUCGUUAUGACUUCUCCUUGGAGAACUCUGUGCUUUGUGAGCCGUGACUCUUUGCCCAUGAGUUAUAUCACCAACACGUGAUGAACUACGAGCCUUUGGUUUUCAAGAUUCUGCUUAACCGCUUGCCUCUUAAAUAAAUGAAGUGAUCUAGUUUCAGAAAAUCGGUCACUGACUAUAGGGUGUUGGGCUCAAACGAACAUAUUGUCAAUUUAGUUUAAAUAAGUUAGUGAAGUUUGCAUCAAGAUGGUUUACAGUCUCUCAGGAUCUUGCACUUUAUUGUGUGAGAUGAGUGUUACCGCCUCGUUUAAAAACAGUAGAUGAGUAUUUAUAAGAUGACCUAUGGCUUUACAUUUUUCAAAUGUAGUUUAAAUUUUACGGGUGUAAAGUCUGUGCAAUGUUGCAUUUUGACUCUGUGGGGUCCUGUAGCAUAAGAUGAUAUACUGAAAUAGUUUCGAUGCUAUGUUUCUGAGUAGUUGCAUUCGGUUGUGUGAUGUUUCAGACACCGCAGUCUGCGUUAGCCUUCCUCAGUUUUUUCUUAGUUCUGCAAAGACUUACUGUAAUUUAUGGAAUCUGUUUCAAGAAGUUUGCUUGCAGAUCGUAUACUUAAACCAGUCAUGAUACACCGAAAGAAUGAUUUUACAGUAACCUGUCACCCAGAAAUGUAAUUCUUUAAACAUAUCUAAAAUAAAUAAUUUGAUAAUAUAAAGUAUUUAAUUCAAAUACAAAUCAUACUUUUAAAAAUAUAUAUAAGUAUUAUAAUUAAAUAUAUAUUAAAAAUGGCAAUCAUAAUGGCCUUUGGCCAGUCCACUACAUUUGCUGUAACUUUACAGUGAGUACCAAUAAACCUUAAACACUCACCUGUCUGCUAUUGGUCAACCAAAAAGAUAGUCCUGCCCUAAACUGACACCAUUGGUAGAGUCAGUGUCGCUGUGCCUGGCUGUUUGGGAUGCUUAUACAGAUCAAUAUUUUGAUAGUGAUGCAGUGUUUACACUUUUCAGGGUGAUCAGUAUAGAAUUUAGCUUACUUGUAGUUGUUUCUUCAUAUUAAGUUGGGAUAUGAAGUAUUUUUACAUCACAAAAAUUACACACAUCACCUUAGUGAAAGGAUUGCACUUAAAACUGAGAGACAAACAUCGCAGUGCUCAUUAUAAAUAGGCCAAUAUUAUAUCCCUUUGUUAUAUAUAAAUAUAUAUGUCUUUUUUUUUUGGUGUGAACAUUGUACCUCUACUGUUGUUUGGGUUUUAAUGCAUGAAGUUUUGAAGUUCUGCUAGAUAGCAGGCCAUUUUAGGAGGCAGAUAUGUAUUCUGAACAAUGUUUGAUUGCAAAAACAUGCACAUGGAUUUUAAUAGGAUUUACUGUACUGUUUGAAUAGGCCACAUGGUUGUUGAUCUGUUUUUUUUUUUUUUUUCUUCAUCUGAAUUUCAGUUUCAGUUAUGGGUUUUAUAGUGCAUGCUGCUAUUUAUACAAUGCACUCAGGAGGUUUAGCUGUGUCUCAUUUACAUCCUCUGUACUUUAAUUGAUAUCAGUUUAGAUUAUUCACUUGAUAUCACAUCAGAUUUAUUGGUCUUUGUUUUGAUUUGUCUGACAGUUAUUUCAUCUAAGGUUAAUAGGUUCCUCCUAAUUGAUCUCAGUCACUGACAUUUACUUUUCAAAACACUGUACUGAAGUAAUCAAAGUUUGAGUUAUGCUGUCUUUGCCCUUUAAAAUGUCUUUAAAAUUAUUUAAUGCCACUUUUUUUCAACUAUGUAUUCCUUAUUGAUUCAUAUCUGGAACAGAAUUCCUCAUCGAUUCUGAUCCCACAUGAUGUUUAUGCUAAAUUCUGAGCAUGAGCAGAAUGUAAUGAUGUUGUUUAAUUAAAAUCUUAUUUGAUUACA